AUGGAUCUUAGCAACAGAACGGUCGUGCAAGUGGUGGUGUUGGCAUUGGUAGCGCAGGUCACGCUCUCUCAGCACUGGUCGUAUGGCUGGCUACCUGGAGGGAAGAGAAGUGUUGGGGAGCUGGAGGCCACCAUCAAGAUGAUGGACACAGGAGGUGUAGUGGCUCUUCCUGAGGAGACAAGUGCACAUGUCUCAGAGAGACUGAGACCAUAUGAUGUAAUAUUGAAGAAAUGGAUGCCCCAUAAAUAAACAACUGAGACCAUUAUUCACAAAAGAAGCGAGAAGACAACAUCAAGCAGACAUACAGCAUCUCUAUCAACAUCAAUGAUGGAGCAUUCAACUACAGUUCUGUCCAUUUCCAACAAACAUCACAUUUAGAUUGAUGUUAUUUACUUAAAGUACAACACUUUAACCUUCUG